UUUUAAAUUCAAAUAUAUUCAUUACAGAAGAAUAUGAAAGAAGGGCAAAGAUUUCCAAAACUCUUAGGAAGAGAUCCUGAUCUUGAUCUUGAUGGAAAUGGUAUCUCCACCAAGAUACAAGAAAACUUCAAGAAUGAGCUUGAACAGAACCAUACUUUACUGGACAUUCAUAAAUAGCUCGACCUCACUCUUAAAAGAAAGCAGACUAAUAAAACUCAACUCUGAAGAUAUUUACGAAAUUUCCCCCAACGGUGCUAUCAUAGCCAUUAAGAGUAAUGAGUCAAUUUUUAGCGGAGAGUCUUCAAAAUCCAAAAGGCCCAAAUCUGGUAGAUUUCACCAAAGUAGACCCUGGAGUAAUAGAUCAUAUAAAAGAACUGAUAGUGGCUCAGUAGGAUCAAGACCAGGCUCGUCAACAAAGAAAAUAUUUUCGGUUGCUAAAAGCCAUUCUGUGAACUCAAAAAGAAUGGGUAAUAAUCCUAUGCAUAAGUCUCACUUAUCUAAAGUUGAUCAGAUUAUCAAACAAACUAAUAUUUAUACCAACCCAGGGGAUCGGAAUGAGAAAAUUACACGAAAGUAUAAUAAACUGAGGUCUCAUGAGAGCCUUGACUCGAAUAAGGCUUUAAUCCAAAAGAAUCUUAUCAGAGCUCAGAAGCAAAGAGCAUCCCGAAAAUAAUUCAAUAAGUCAAAGGAACACUAGUGGGAACAGGAGCAACAGUUUGAUAAGGAUAGUCAAAAAUAUCUCUGUUAAAUUUAUUAAUGGAGUCUCAGUCUCUAUUCUCACCAACCUUUUCCAUGCAAAAUGUAAUGAUCUCAAAAUUGAGCCAAAAGAAGGCCAGUUAAAAAGAUUUCUAGAUUAUUGCCAAAAAGCUAUGAAGGGGAGGAAGAUCACAUUCAGAGAAAUUGGAUUUGGACCUCACAGUGCUAAAAUUCUUGGUCAUAUUUUGAGAUACAACAAAGUCUCCCACUUGGAUUUAAGGAAGAAUGUAUUAGGAGACCAAGGACUUAAGGAGCUGUCAAAAUCACUUUUAUCAAACUCCUCUAUUAUACACUUAGAUAUUGGAAGUAAUGAUGUAACAUUCGAAGGAGCAAAUAAAUUCUUUAAAAGUAUGGUUAAGCAUCAAACUCUGACAUCAAUAAGUAUUGCAAAUUCAGAUGGGCUCCACAGAAACAGAAUCAGAGCAAAAGGAUGAAUUGGUCUCAACACAUUGAUAAAAUAAGAAUAAACUAAUAUCGAUGCUCAACCUUUCUGGAAACAAUAUUGGUAAAGAAGGUGUGAAAGCUUUAUUAAAAGAUCUUGAUCCAAAAGAAAUGAAUUUACUAUACCUUAAUCUAACAAAUAACGAUCUUGAAUAUGAUUGAAUCAAAAGUCUCAAGCCAUUACUUAUAUCGCCAAAUUUAGUAGAUUUACGAUUAGCAAACAAUAAACUUGAUGAUAAUACUGCAGAAGCUCUCUCAGCUUAUUUCUACAGACAGAUUUGACAAAUCAAGAAGAUAGACUUAUCAAGCAACAGAAUCACAAGUAAAGGGGCUAAAAUUUUAUUCAGAUCUAUAAAGCAAAACCAAUCUCUUACACAUUUAAAUCUCCGAAACAAUCCUUAUCUUGGGAAUGGAGAGAUAGCUGAACUUGAAAACUUCUUAAACAAUAAUCAAUGACUCACCCACUUAAAUCUGGGCGAAUGUGGAAUUGAUUCUAAACAUGUUUAUGUAAUAACUGAAGGCUUAUAUGCGAAAGGGACUGAAAAUUCAAGAUGAGGCAAUAACACUCUUCAUCAUUUAAACCUAGCCAGAAAUAAAAUCACAGAUGAAGGAGCUGGAUACAUUGCUAAUAUUCUGAGAGAUAACACAAACACAGGCUUGAUGAUGAUUGAUCUUUCAUCAAACUUUAUCAGUGAUGAUGCAGCCAGUAACCUUGCUAGUGCUAUAAACACCAACAAUUAUCUUCUAAAACUAAACCUAAAGAAUAACAAUUGAAUGGCAAAGUGAUUUAACAACAGUAAAUCAUCCUCAAUCGAGAAUCGACUUCCAAUGAUUAGAGAAGAAAUGACAGAGUUGCUUAUAAAAGAGGAAGAGCAGCUAAAAGCUGGAGAUAAGAACUUCAAUUUCGGCAAAGUCACGAGGAAAAUGGAAAUCAAAUAAAGACCAAAUCGAACUAGAAAUGCUUCAGUACCAAGACUGAGUAGAAACAAUGAGGGAAAAUGAUGAAAUAGAGCUUGAACAACUUAAGAAAAUGCUUAAAAACCUCAAAGGGAAUUCUGAAGAUAUGGACUAUGAACUUAUAAGACUGGCCAAAGCUAGGGACCGCAGAAAGAAGAACCUCAAGUACCAGAUUGAAGAUGUUGAAGCUGAUAUUUGCAAUGUAAAGAGAACAGAAGGAGAUAAGAGACAAGAAAUUUAUCAAGCUAAGAAAGAAUUACAGACAUUCCAAGAUAAAGUAGACGUUCAUCUUAAUAAGCUAGAGACUGAACUAGCUGACGUAGAACUUGAGAGAAAGAGAGCACAGUUUGUCUAUGAGAAUUAUGAGCGAGAAGUUACUCGUUGGAGAAAGGAAGUGGAAGAAAAGAAAAAUGAAGCCUUACAGUCUAAUUUCUUACAAAUUCCAAAUGAUAAGGGCACAAGAAGAGGAUUGAGCUCAAGAAGAAGAUCAAGGUCUCAAUCUAGGUCUCGAUCUCGGUCUAAAUCUAAGUCAAAAUGAGACAACGAAGAGCAAAAGCAACCAUUCCAAAGGAUAGCAAAAAGGUCUAUUAAUUAUGCUAAAGAAAACGAUGCCUCAAGAUACAAUCAGAAUAAGCUUAAAAAUAAUAGAAAACAUUGAAAGUCUAAGAAAUCACUAAAAAGAAGUGGCAGAAUGAUAAAGAAAGAAAAAUGUUCAAAUCAAAAGCUAAAAAUUAGUGUACAAAAGCCAGAAACCACAAAGAGAAUUUAUUAA